CUAAUUGUAAAGUUGGACACCGUUUCGGGCGGCGAGGAAACCAAACCACGUGACCGGGAGAAAUAAAGCAUGCGAUCCUUUAUUGCCGAGUAGAUCGCCGACUCUUUGCCCCCUCCAUGAUCGCCGGUUGGCCCGAUGCCGAACCCGUGGAAGAAGUUCCGGGCGGGCGGUGGCGGCGGCGGGGGCGGCGGAGUGUCCCGGCUCCUCGCCGAACUCCGGCCUCCCGAGCGAGGUGGCUCGCUCGUCGUCCAGACCGGCUUCCCGACCUCCCUCGCCGACCUCGUCGUCAAGAACCGCGGCCGCUUGAAGAAGCCCUCGCGGAAGAAGAAGCUGUCUCCGUCCGACCUCGAAUCCUCCGCUUCUGGUCCCGUCGCAACCCCCGUCGUAGCGACACCGUCGGACGAUGGAGCUCGACCCGGCGCCGCCUUUGUAAACAGCCCCGUUCCGGUGACUGAGGAUGUCUGUUCGUCGUCGCUCAUUUCUACUGAGACGGAUAGGAAGAGGUUAAAGACAGGGUUGGGGUUUCUUUUGGCAAUGAUGUCGGUUUUGGUGCUUCUGGCUAUCGAAAGAAAGAAGCUUGUCGUGGGGAUCACAGUCUCCGCCUUUGCACUUCGGCUGCUUGAUUCCAUGAGCUUUCAAAUGCUUGGAUUCUUGAAGCCGUGUCCGGAGGCACAGAGCAGAUUGAAUUCGGUCGUCGUCGGGGGAUGUGAUUUAGAAGGGAGAGGAGUGGUCUCCCCUAUUAGGGAAGUUGGCAUCAGUAGCUCUUCGGAUACAGUAAGAUCAGAAAGGAACUCGGUGGAAUCGGUUGAUUUGGAUCCGAGGAGGGAGGCUUUGUUGGAAAGGAGGGAUCUUGUCGGAGCUGGGAAGGCUUGCCAUGAGCAUGAUCAUCGUUCGAAGGGUAAUUCGAAGGUGAAGAAGCUUUUCAGGAAGUUCGUUCCGAAGAAAUUUCGCCGACGAAGUGACAAGAAGAACGCGGAAGAGCUGAUUUCUGAUUUGAGUAGAAGAAGAGCCUGUGAUGGCAUUACAGAAAUAGAAGAAGAUGAAGCAGUCAAUGGAGAUGAUGAUAGUGAUGCAGUGCUCGGUAGUGGAUAUGUUCUAAGCAUCAAUGCCUUCAACAAGGUGACCGAUCAUGACAGAAAGGAUGUUGAAUUUAGUCGAGAAAACUUGUAUGAAUCUAAAUCAGGGAGCUCGCAUCAAUUGUGUUUUUGUGCAGUUGUCCUUUUGGGACUUCUGGGUGGCAAGAGUGUAGCCCUUGUUCUAACCGUGUCAUGGUUUCUAUUUCACAAGUCAAUCAAGACCCUGUGGAGGAAAGGAACGGAUUUGUUUGUUUGAUUGUACAAAAAAAAUUUUGGUUUCCCAAGUGAUGGAGCUUUUUGUGUAUCGCCUUACUCCGGAUGUUCGUGUUGGUCGUUCGAGUAAGUGAACAAAUAUAUGGUAAAGGUGAAAUGAAAUUAUAGAUGUUUGUUACGACUAAUUCUAGCUGCUUUCCUUUUUCUGAUUUAGUUCCUUUGGAAAUUUACUACAUUUCAUUACUUUAUGUAUGCUUUUGAUCAUUGAUUCUGAAGUGCAAGAACCUUUCCUUUGAAGAAUUAACAUUUUUGCAGCCUAUUUUUAGAUUUUCUGCUUUUUGGUUUUAAAGCCAAACAUCUUUGACUCUGUUUCUAGAUGGUAAUUGUCGGAAAGUUUCUCUCUUGCAUCUUACUUAUGUUCUCUUCUCAAUGUUUCAGUAAUUAAGGAAAAAAAGCUCCUAAUAAUCUUGAAUGAAUUAACUUGGUAUCCACUUACCAUAAUUAUUGUCCUAUUAGUAAAAAUAUAUGUGUAUUAAUGAUGCAAAGAGGAUGCUUCUUAUGAACUAGGUUCUUUUUCCCACCUAUUAAUGAGUGACUAGGUCUUCUUACAGAAGAUACUUCUAGAAUCAAAUUAGUCACAUUUUAAAGCAUCAAGUCAGUAGUUGAGCAUGUUAUAUAUCUUUGUCUCCAGCAAAACCAUGGUGUACUGACCAUACUGAUGGUAUUUACUGGUUCAAGCAGCAGGCUGGUCGGGGGUUAUAGUGAUGCAAAAGUGUUGGUAGCAUACAUUGAUCUAUUUUUUUAAUUCUUGCAAUGGACAAUUUUAAUAUCUGAACCAGUCUGACACUCAUAAAAUAGAACCGGUCAAACAUUUUGAGACCCUUGAACGGUGAAAACAGCCAUCAGUGGGACCUCGAUGAUACGCAGGGAGGAUGUUAUGUUUAUAUAUCUUAAUAUCUAUUUGUAUGGAUCCCACCUACCACCUUCUUUCUUUUUUUCCUUUGUCUGUUUGUACCGAUGUACCAUAUCAGUUUGUGACCUCGCCACUAGACGUGGCUUUACUCAAGUUUUAGGACCUUGAUGCUAUUAUAGUUUGAAGUGCAGAAAGAAAGAUGAAACUUGAUGACGGUGUAUCUGUUGGAUGCUUAUAUUUGUAAAUCUGAAGAAGUACGGUAUAAUCAUAAGGUAAUAGUCAUCAAGUCGCAUUUGAUGGUCAAUUUUGUGAGAGAUACAUGUGACGGUCAGCCAUGAUGUAGCUACACAUUCUCUUGGCCACAUCCCACUGCUCUGGAAAAUUAUAUUAAACUAAGUACUAUUAUUGAUGUAAUCUUUCCACUUAAGUUCCAUUUAGAUUAUCUUUUUGAUCUGUCUCCCUCCAUGUUCCUUUCUGAUCUUUUAAUCAAAUAACUAAACAGAUUGGCUGAUCUGUACUUUAUUAUGCAUGUUCACUCAGAAUCUACAAUAACUAAAUUAAGAACUCAUUUGAUAACAUAUAUUGACUGCUUGAAGUCAACCUAAAAAAUUCACAAAAGGGUACUGAUUUUACUCCCUUGAACACAUCUUCUACAGGUUAACCUUAAAGUUCUUGAUUCUCAAACUUAACCCGAUAAUGCCAUUGCAAGCAGAGAUAUGCUAGAUAGCUUGUUUCUAUAUGGUUUUACCGCAUUUCUUGCUUCUUACUGUGUGACUCAUUUUUAUUCUUUUGGGGUGCUGGUGCUGGUGCUGGUCCGUAACAUGCCCUGUGAUUGGAUCUGCUACUGGAAAUAUCUCUGGAAUUCCAAAGUUGUGAAAGGUUAUGCAAAUCAUUGGCCGAGAAAGGACAAGUUCUAUUCAAGGAUGCCAUGUUAAGGACCAAAACUUGUUUAUGGCUUGAUCUUUCCUGUAGGUAUUUUCAUUUACUUCUAUUGCACUGAUUUCUAUAUUUUUUUAAUGGAAAUUUAUUGAUUUGAUAAGCACAUGACUUGCAGUACAAGCGUGUGAUGACUACAUCGUAGAAUGCCUUGUUCACUUGAAAAUGCUGACCAUGCUAGGUGUUGUUUGAUAAUCACUGGUUAGACUUGUAACUAAGAUUUUUAAAUGGCAGGUGGUAUAUUUAGUAUUCUAUGCACAACAUGGAUUAGCAUCCAAAGGUCCUAUUACCGACAUCAAAGUAGUAGGAAGUACAUAAUUACAGAUGCCACUAUCAUGGACAAACAUAUUGUUUGAUCAAACCAAAUACUUCUCUGUCCCGGAUGUCUAUCAUUAGCGGUCAUCUUGGAAUCAGUUCUAGUUUUAUGAUGUUGAAUAUCUUAGCUUAUAUUCGCAAUCUAGACUGAUGGAGACCUUGGAAUGUCAUCCUGUUUUUUGUCAUUUAUUUUUGCAAUUUGUGGCUAGAUUGUAAACAUGUGGUUAUGAACUAAUGUCAAUCCAGUUAUUCGUUCACAUAUAGGUAUCAUCAAUAUCAGCUACAACCAAUCUCUACUUGAUUGCAAAUUUGUUUUUGCCUUCUUCUUCCUUCUCCUUACUGGUUGCUUCAAAAUGGGUACUACCGAAAGCUAAUUGUAAAUGUUCCCCUGCAUUCUAAAAUCCUUUCACAAUUCUGUUCAUACUGAUAAUACAGCCAUCAAAUUUGAAGAACUUAGCCUGGCUAGAGAUUGUGGCUCCCAUAUCAGUGCUCUUCAUUUUUAUCUUCAAACAUCAUAUGUACAAGAUGAUGCUUUUGGCAUUAUUGUAGGUACUCUUCGCCAUUCCAGGAUUUCUCUUGAGAUUUCAGUGCUCUCCAGAUAUGCCGAUGCUCCAAUUCAGUCAAACGAGGUGUGCAAUGCUAUGGUUUUCCGGUGCUGCUUCUCUGGUUAUUUGCAACUUUCUUGCAAGGGCUGCAUCUUGAACAUAGAAGCUUCUUUCAUCUUCCUCUUUGAUACCACAUGGUCUCACUCAUAGUCAUAUGAACAAAGUGGCUAUUCCAAACUUCAGCAACUCGUGCACUACAAGGAGAUCUGUGAUGACACCUAAGCUAUCAAACUGCUUGUUGUUGGAUCUAUGACCUGAACUCAUGUCACUUGAUGGCAUCCAAAUUAAUGUGGAUUCUCUAAGCCAGGCAAAGGCUGAAAGAGUUCAAGGCCUCAGUUCUUCAUGCACUGUUCAGGAAAUAAGUAUACAUAGAUACAAGGAGACCUGUGAUGACUUCUAAGUUAUCAACCUGCUUGUUGUCAUGAUCUAUGGCCUCAACUCAUGUCACUCGAUGGCAUCAAAUUAAUUUGGAUUCCCUCAGCCAGACAAAGACUGAAAGAGUUACAGGCUUCAGUAAUUCAUGCACUGUUCAGGACACAACAAGAUAUAUGGUCUCAGAGAUCUGUGAUGGCAUCCAAGACAUCAGAUUGCUUGUCAUGAUCUGUAACCUCAGCUCAUGUCACUUUGUGCCAUCAAAAUAAUCUAGAUUUCCUGAGCUAUGCAAGAACAGUAAAAUUGUACUGAUGCUUCAAAUGUUUUUGGAGUCUGAUGAGAAAACUGAAGUGUGGCAGGAAGACCUAUGCCUGAGCCUUUUGUCUAGUUUCCCAUGGAAUGGAGUUCUGUUAAUCUAAAGAUACAGUGUCAUGAAUACAUUUAAAGGUAAGAUUAUGGAGUCAUCGAAAUAACCUCUUUUUAGUAAA